AUGUCGACGGACGAUCCCUCCUCAAAGAAACCGUCUACUGAGACGUCCGGAAAUAAAACCAAGACUGAUACGCCAACAGCGGUCUCGCUUAAGUCCGCAUUUGCAAGGCUGCCGGUCCUGCAAUCCCCUGGACCGGACUCGAACUUCCUUGACUGGGAGCUCGUGAUCACCGCAUACUUCGAUUCCUUGGGCAUCAACUAUGUAAUUGAUAAGCCUUUGCCCAAUCAUCCAACAGCUGCGUGGACGGCCUACAACAAGACCGUUUGCGCAAUCCUUACACAAACGAUUGAUUCCUCUAAUCUCAUCGCGAUUCGUCCUUACAAGCAAAACACAUACGGAAUGUGGGGAGCAAUCGUCCGCGCUCAUCAAGACUCCUCGACUGGGGGCCGCGUUUACUGGCUCCGAAAGCUGUUGUUGACCAAGAUGGAGGGUGAUGAUGUUCUUUCCCACAUCAACACUAUGGCAAAGGCAUACGACCACCUCAACUCUCUUGUCACCACCAACAAACCGCUUACUGUUGCCGAUGUUCACUCUGCUGCACUGCUCAGUUCCAUCCCAGACGACUGGAUGGGCUGUGUCUCUCACCUCAUGAAUCAAGAGGGUACUAAGUCUCAUACCGGUAAGCAACUUGGAAAUCAAAACAAGAAGUCUUGCCACUGCGAUUUCUGCAACGCAGAUGGCCACGACCUCAACAACUGCAACAAUACGCGCCACAUCCUCGACAAGCAUAAAGCCAGCCAGAAGGCCCGGACUGACUCUAAAGAUCAGGAUCGAAAGCCAAAUCAGUCAAGUAAACCAGCAGCUCGAGCCGGCCGCACCUUGGCUGUAACUCUUGGUGGAUUGUCUCAUGCCUACGAUGAAGAUGACGAGUCCAACUACUCCGGCUCCAAGAUUGAAAUCACUGCGGGGAACGCGGUUGCUUCUUUAUCUGUCUCAAAGAUCUACUCUGGUACUGGGGACGCAAAACUAGACUCUGGAUGUUCCAUGUCAAUGACACCGGAUAUUCUCUCAGUCGAAAACCCAAAAACCGACUGCACACCUGUCCGCUUGGCUGAUCAUUCAGUGGUAGAAGCGACCCACAGAGGCAUCUCCAGGCUCCCCAUAGAUGGAGAAACCAAAGACUCUCGUGGUUCCUUCUCUUCACGAACCUCUCUUAUCUGUGGCGGCUCUCUGCAAUGCAGGUGUUACAGUCGUAUUCAACAAGGCGUCCUCCAACAUUUUCAAAUCGAACGACACCAAAAUAGAAGGAGAUCCAGCCGGAAGAGGUUACAGACGGGGAAACCUCUAUUAUCUUCCUUCGGACCCUGUGAGGUCUUGCUCUUCUCUAUCUCUAUCACCCCUUCCCCCUGA